AUUUUACAGGUGUCAAUUUAUGCCACAUGGUUGCAAAUACACCAUACCUUUAUCUUUUUAUGGAGCAUGGUUUGUGAAAUUCGAGCAUCUUUUCUUUCUCAAAGUCAGGCAUCUUCUUCAGAUCCUCAGGCAGCUUUUCUUCUCUGAACAGUCAAGAAUCAGGUUUCAAGUUUUCUAAAGACACCAAGUUUCAAUCCUCAUGUUCACUAUACAUUGCAUUUCAUGAUUAAAAAUAUAAGCUACACAGUGAUCACUUACCAAUGAUGCAAGACAUAAGAUGAUCACAAAUCCAAGAGAGAAGGGUUCUUCAACAAAGCAGGAAAGCAACAACAAUGAGAGCAACAUCAUUAAGGCAUCGUCGACUAGUUCAAGAACAUGGUCAGGGCUCAGGGAUCCAAGGAUUGUGCGUGUCUCGCGUUCCUUUGGAGGAAAAGACAGGCAUAGCAAAGUUUGCACAAUAAGGGGAUUGAGAGACAGGCGUGUUAGGCUUUCAGUGCCCACUGCUAUUCAGCUUUAUGAUCUCCAAGAUAGGCUUGGGCUUAAUCAACCCAGCAAAGUUGUGGAUUGGUUGCUCAAUGCUGCUAAGCAUGAAAUUGAUGAACUUCCUCCACUGCAAAUGCCACCCGGAAACUUCGGUCAAUUCCCACAAUUGGCAGUAGUUUCUCAUGAAAUGGAUGCAACCAAAUCUUCCUUUGCUUCCCUUAUAGAUGCAAAUACAGAAUAUGUGAAGGACGAGGAAGGAGCUCACUCUUCAUUAUCUAAUAAGGGUGGGUUAAAGAUCAAUGAUGAUGUUGCUGGGGAAGAUGGUCAUCAAACUUCAUUAUCUAAGUCAACUUAUUGGAAUUUAGAUACUCCUUCCAGGAUGAAAUGUAAAGAAGUUGCAAGAGAGACAAUUGCUGAGAAAAGUCCUAGAGCCAAUAUCUCUUCUGCUUCAGGCUUUGUAAACAAUGCCAUACCAUACAAUUCUUACUAUCACUGGGAGCCUUCCUCCAAUUUAUCUUUAUCUCAUGUAGGGUAUUCAUCAUCUCAAUCUGAAGAUCCUCAUCAUAACUACAAUGUUGUGUCAUUGCCCUCUUCAUCAUCUCUACCAUCUGGAUCUCAACUAUUGGUAUAUCCGUCUGCAUCAGCACCAUCUUUUAUUCCUCCAUAUGUUACUGCCCCAGGUGUGGAGUGUGAUCCAAGACUAGCCAACCACAUUCAGAUGAUGAGCUCAAGUUCAGUACAUGGUCUCCUACCAAAUUCUCUCACACCAUCCCUUUACUCAAUAAGCCCAACCAUGAGGCCAUUCUUGAGUACAGCUCCUAGGGUUGUUCUUGCUCACAACAAUACUGAAAGUGAUCAACCAAAUAAGGACAGCAGUGGCCCUUCAAGCACUCAGACAGCAAGUUUUUUCCAUAAAGGUUAGAAAUCUAUGCUUGCAUAGAAUACAUUCUUGUCCAAGUUCACCAAUGGAUUAUUUUGAUAAUUGGACAAAAAGAAGACCACAUGAUUCUGUUGAAAGGCUUGUAUCUAUACUAUCUGAUAGUAAUGCGUGGUAUUAAGUUUGAAUUAUUCUCCUGGUUAUGUUCUAUUUUCUUAAUUUUCUUUGUUGAAUGUAUUUUCCAUCUGAAAAUGCAAUCUAGCCACAAGCAAAUGUUAACCUGCCUUGAGUUUUGGUUGUUGAGUUAUUAUCAUGUAAGUAAUUAUUAUCCCAUUCCACUGGUUAAUGACCAUAUAGCUUGCAUCUCCAGUGUAAGACAUGAAAUAUAACAUACUGGUUGCACUA